ACUUUCUCUUACUCCUCUCUCCCGGAAUCCGUAUGAUCGAGUGAAACGGUGCACACAGCUGUCGUUCUAGUGACUUCUUCGAAGCCAUUUGGAAGUUUUUCUUUUUUUGAAGUGAAGGAAGGGAGAGAUGUCGAGUCUUGAGAAUAUCAAGAACGAGACUGUUGAUCUGGAGAAAUGUCCAAUAGAGGAAGUUUUCCAGCAGCUAAAAUGUACGAAGGAAGGUUUGACGACUCAGGAAGGGGAAGCCAGGGUUCAGAUCUUUGGCUUGAACAAGCUCGAAGAGAAGAAGGAAAGCAAGAUUCUCAAGUUUUUGGGGUUCAUGUGGAAUCCCCUUUCAUGGGUCAUGGAAGCUGCUGCAAUCAUGGCUAUUGCUUUGGCCAACGGUGACGGUAGGCCUCCGGAUUGGCAGGACUUUGUUGGUAUCAUCUGUCUUCUUGUCAUCAACUCUACCAUCAGUUUCAUUGAAGAGAACAAUGCCGGUAACGCUGCCGCUGCUCUCAUGGCUGGUCUUGCUCCUAAAACCAAGGUUCUUAGGGAUGGGAAAUGGAGUGAACAAGAAGCUGCUAUUCUUGUCCCGGGAGAUAUCGUUAGCAUCAAACUUGGAGACAUCAUCCCUGCCGAUGCUCGUCUGCUCGAAGGUGAUCCUUUAAAGGUGGAUCAGUCUGCUCUUACCGGAGAGUCCCUCCCUGUGACCAAGCACCCUGGCCAAGGAGUUUUCUCUGGCUCAACCUGUAAACAAGGAGAGAUCGAAGCCGUUGUCAUCGCCACAGGUGUUCACACCUUCUUCGGCAAAGCUGCUCACCUUGUGGACAGCACAAACCAAGUUGGACACUUCCAGAAGGUUCUUACAGCUAUUGGAAACUUCUGUAUCUGUUCCAUUGCCAUCGGUAUGGUGAUUGAGAUUCUCGUCAUGUACCCCAUCCAACGCCGAAAGUACAGAGAUGGGAUUGAUAAUCUCUUGGUCCUAUUGAUCGGUGGUAUCCCUAUUGCUAUGCCUACCGUCUUGUCUGUAACCAUGGCUAUUGGCUCUCACAAGCUUGCGCAGCAAGGUGCCAUCACCAAGCGUAUGACUGCCAUUGAAGAAAUGGCUGGAAUGGAUGUCCUGUGCAGUGACAAAACGGGAACGCUAACUCUUAACAAACUGAGUGUGGAUAAAAACUUGGUUGAGGUUUUCUGCAAGGGUGUGGAGAAAGAUCAAGUUCUUUUAUUUGCGGCUAUGGCUUCAAGAAUUGAGAACCAGGAUGCUAUCGAUGCAGCCAUGGUUGGGAUGCUUGCUGAUCCGAAGGAGGCUCGAGCUGGAAUCAGAGAAGUUCACUUCCUUCCGUUCAACCCUACUGAUAAGAGAACUGCUUUGACUUACAUAGACUCUAGUGGUAACUGGCACAGAGUCAGUAAAGGUGCUCCCGAGCAGAUCCUCGAGCUUUGCAACGCCAGCAAUGACCUUAGCAAGAGAGUGCUCGAUAUUAUCGAGAAGUAUGCCGAGCGUGGUCUCAGGUCGUUGGCUGUUUCUCGCCAGACGGUGCCAGAGAAAACAAAGGAAAGCCCAGGUGGACGGUGGGAGUUUGUUGGCUUAUUGCCACUUUUUGAUCCCCCAAGACAUGACAGUGCUGAAACCAUUCGAAGGGCUUUGCAUCUUGGUGUUAACGUCAAGAUGAUCACUGGUAAUAAUAAAGUCUCACAUCACAUCAGAAGUUGAAAAA